UCCUGGAUCUCUGACUCCUCUGUGCUGUAUAAAGGACAGCACACCCAGCCCUGAGCACACUGCCUGCAGACACUAGAGAGAUGAUGGCUGUACAGGUCGGCAGAGUGAUGUUUCCUUUGAUGUUGAGUUUGUUUCUGGGAGCCUCAUCUUCCAUUUGGUCUCUGGCUCCUGCAGCGGCCUUCCAGCUGCCCCCCUGCCAGCUCAUCAACCAGACAGUGUCUCUAGAGAAGGAAGGCUGUCCAAAGUGUCACCCAGUGGAAACAACCAUCUGCAGCGGUCACUGCAUCACCAAGGACCCUGUCAUCAAGAUACCAUUCAGCAAUGUGUACCAGCAUGUGUGCACAUACCGGGACUUUUACUACAAGACAUUUGAGCUUCCUGACUGUCCUCCCGGCGUGGACCCGACUGUCACCUACCCUGUGGCUUUGAGCUGCCACUGCGGGCGCUGUGCCAUGGACACAUCUGACUGCACCUUCGAGAGCCUGCAGCCCAACUUCUGCAUGAAUGACAUACCUUUCUACUACUAGUCUCAAGCAAUAGCAGCAUUCAACACAUUAAUAAACUGGAUUUACAUUCAGCAUCAACUGUUGUAAAUAAAGAUUGUUACA